AUGGAUAUCCCUAGAUACGUAUCAAGGGAGCCAGGAGGCUCACCGCCGGCCAUAUACAUUCAGGGUUCGAACCACUUUGAUCAUUAUGGAGGUCCAGGCCGAUCCCAUAUGCAAUCCGGAUUCUCACCAACUUUAGCCUCUUCUACUCCUAUGCCGAUAUCUAAUAGACACCGUAUCGCCGAAGACGAUGCGCCACCACCUUUACCUCCUCCCAAAUUUAUUCCUGGCUUAGGACAACCCUUACAGCCUACUAGACAUGAUCGUAUCCCUUCAAUUGAUUCGAAUGCAAGUUGGGACAGCACGAGACAAGACUUGGAACAUGACCGACCUCGUUUCGGCAGGGCAGAAACCGAGCAUGGAAUAGUACGGCCUCCGAGAGACGAAGGCUAUCACAGCCUCAAUUCUACGAUCUCGUCGUUAGGGUCUCAAGACUCCCUCCCGAAAAAAUUGUUCAUGUCCCACGACCAGUACCAAUUCAACAAGCCAAACGGCAACGACUAUGACAAUGCAUUAAUCAAGAAACUAGAUUCUCGACGAAACUUCGACAACCGGUCUCCACCACGCCGGUCUGCUCUUAGUGCUUCUGCAAAUAAUGCCGUUUCCAGCUUGGUUCCGCAAGAGCACCGCUUGCACCCUCAGCAGCUAACGCCGCUUUCUCUUCCUAUUCGAUCGGGCAACAAGUUGGUUAUCGACUCUCCCGGCCGUUAUACGGAUACUCCUCCACAAUCUGCGCUCUCGCCACGCGGCCCUUCUUUUUACGGAACUGCUAGUAGUGAAUAUCGUUCUCCCAUUGAACCGAUAGAUCCAGAUCGAUCGCCGUUUUCACGGACGAGAAGGAACAACAGCGGCUCAUUACCGGAUGAUGCAACAAUAUCAACGCAUAGUAGCUAUGAUAACAUGGAUGACGGCGAUUUUCCAAUGGAGGACAGGUCACAAGUUGAGGAUUACAUGUCGCGAUCGGAGCAUCAGGCCAUCGGGCAAAAGAGGCGGGCAUCUUCACCGCCUGGCGAUGAUCUCCCAAUGCAGGGUAUGCCUGGGUCAUGCGACCCAUUACGACGUCGCGAAGGUGCAUCAAGAGCAUCACCAACUCCACGCCUCGCCGGUGUCCUUCCAGGGUCUAUCCCUUCGGUCUCCUCGACGACACGAAGUGGAUCCUUUGCUUCAAGCGCCUCGCUAACCACAAACCUCUCUGGUAUCAACUCAUUUGUCGGAAGGUCGCCUGGUGGUUUGUCUAGCGGAGGACUCUCCCCAGUUGACGUUCUUUCGAAUUCACCUUACAGCAUUCCCAAUUCUCUUACUCACUCGCCACGCGCUUCAUUUGCACGGGUACCUCAUCAGCGCAAUAUAAGUAGCGAAAACCGCCGACUUGCAUCUCCCCGUAAAGUAAGCGAGGUAUCCAAAACGGGCAUUUCUAAAAUACCAGGUGGUUUCUUCAUGUGUGAAUGCUGUCCCAAGAAGCCGAAAAAAUUUGAGACGGCAGAGGAGCUAAGUGCCCAUGAGGCUGAGAAGCAAUACGAAUGCUCAUUUUGUGGUAACCGGUUCAAGAAUAAGAAUGAGGCAGAACGUCACCAAAACAGCCUCCAUGUAAGACGACACAGUUGGUCGUGUUCUGCGCUGCUUCUUUCGCGCUACGAUCGCGCGUUUCACGAGAGUACGAAUCGACCUGGGGAAGCCGAUAUAUGUGGUUACUGCGGAGAAGAAUUUGAGCGGCGUGGUGGCGUUGGGCGUCCACGACAGCCAUCAGAACAAGAUUGGGAAGAACGUCUGAGACAUCUUCAGGAGGUGCAUAAAUUUCGCGAAUGCAAUUCGAGCAAGAAAUUCUACCGCGCAGAUCAUUUUCGGCAGCAUCUCAAGCACAGCCAUGCGGGAACAAGUGGUAAAUGGACGAAUAUGUUGGAAAAUGCAUGUAUGCUCGAUGAAGAACCUCCACAGCCAGCAAGAUGA